GGGCAGAGGGAGGGGGUGAGUCGCCUGGUGGAGGGGACUGAAAUGUCCUUCAUAUAAACCGGUGACAAAGUGCCGAGUAGCGGCCCCCGGGAAGCAGAGAUCACAGCCAGCGCACAGAGACACACACACACACACACAGAGGAAGAAGAGGAGGAAGAGGAGGAAGAGGAGGAGGAGGAGGAAAACCGGAGCACCAAGCACCGCGAACAAGCGCUGGAUCCACAGCCACACACCGGAGAGGAGACACGGAGGAAACACUCUGCAACAGCAAACAGAGGAAACUAAUCCGGACGGAGCAUCCUUCACCCCACCGACAGAGAUGGGUGUCACCUCUCGCCCCCUGCUAUUGGUGUGCGCAUAUUUGGCAACUGCGCUGAUUGGUGGAACCCACUCGGAGGGGGUGUGUCUCCAAGACGGCAAGCACAAGACCACGCCCGGCCCGGAGCCACACCUGAGGGAGUGUGGGCUGUAUGCCGACAAUAGCUGCUGCACAGAAGAAGACAUCCAGGAUAUCUCCCAUGUUCCCUCUGCCAUCAAUAAGAAUGAACCCUGGGACAAGUGUGGGCCUCUGAGCUCAGAGUGUGAAGGCUUCCUGAAGCGUGUGUCAUGUUUUUACCGCUGCUCCCCCGAUGCCGCGCGCUGGCCUCACCCCCACCGCCGCUCAUACAUCCAGGCCGUGCCACUCUGCCACAGCUUCUGCCGUGAUUGGUUUGACGCCUGCAGGAUGGACAUGACGUGUGCUCGUAACUGGGCCAGAGACCCCAGAGGACAGAACUGCACUGGAACCUGUGUUCAGUAUCAGCAGAUGUACCAACAUGGCAGGGAUCUCUGUGAGAGCCUGUGGGGCGACGCCUUCAUGACGGUGGAGGAUGAGCCAGAGGACAUGGGAGAGGCCGGAGAGGUUGGAGCGGAGGGUGACGGCGGUCGCCCCUGUGGCUGCCUGACCCUCAGUCCCUCAGACAAGGAUGUGAUUGCCGCCCUUAGGGCCCAGCAGGAUGACCCGGAGGAGCUGGAUACCACCAAGACCGGCCUGCCUCAGUACCGGGCUCCGUGCCAGACCAAGCUGCCCCUGCAGGCCAGGAGCGGCAGGAAGGGGAACUCUGUGCUGCGUAAACGCUCCAUCAUAGUCGACGACGUGGAGGGGAGCGGGAGCGGCUUGUAGAGAGGGGUGAUAGGUGGCAACAUAUUUAGAGAUUAUUGUCUAGAUCCUAAUCUGUCUCUUGAAAUGGAGUUGCUUCUUUAACUAACCUUACCACACAGACCUAAACUGUCAUCAUCAUUACUGUCACAUUCUACAUAUAAUCUCUAUGGUUUUCAAUAACACUGUAUCUGGUUUAUAAAACCUCCAGUAAACACCUGGUCAGUUAUUUACCUAGCUAAACAGCCAGGAUUUAGAAAAAAGAAACUUUUAAGAUUUAAAGGUAAAAUCCUUAAUUAUGCAAGGGCUCUGACUUCAAUAAUAAAUAUACUGAUAAUAUCACAUAAUGGCUGCACAAAUGUUUUAUUGCCAGCUAAUAGGUCGAGAAUUGUUUUUACAAAAGUCAGGUAUUUCAUUUGCAGAUGCUAUUUGCACCCAGGGUGUAAGUAGUCAUAUUGGCUGUAUACACCCAGAUGCAAAAAGUAAAUGUUUCUGUUACCAUCUGGGUGUAAAAAAAAAAAAGAUAAUGUGGCUAAUCACACGCAUGUGUAAAAAGUCAGGGUAGCUAUUCACACCUGGGUGUAAACAGUCAAUGUGACUAAUCACACCUGGGGUUAAGUAGUCAAUGUGACUAUUCACACCUGGGUGUAAACAGUCAAUGUGACUAUUCAAACCUGGGGUUAAGUAGUCAAUGUGUGACUAUUCACACCUGGGGUUAAGUAGUCAGUGUGACUAUUCGCACCUGGGGUUAAGUAGUCAAUGUGACUAUUCGCACCUGGGGUUAAGUAGUCAAAGUGGUUAUUCACACCUGGGGUUAAGUAGUCAAUGUGGCUAAUCACACCUGGGGUUAAGUAGUCAGUGUGACUAUUCACACCUGGGGUUAAGUAGUCAAUGUGGCUAAUCACACCUGGGGUUAAGUAGUCAAUGUGACUAAUCACACCUGGGGUUAAGUAGUCAAUGUGACUAUUCGCACCUGGGGUUAAGUAGUCAAUGUGACUAAUCACACCUGGGGUUAAGUAGUCAAUGUGACUAUUCACACCUGGGGUUAAGU